AUGUUCCUCAUCUCCAGCAGUGUUCACGGAAGUGACGAGCACGGGCGCCUGCUCAGAAGGACACUGAUGCGCUACGUCAACCUCACAUCCCUGCUCAUCUUCCGCUCGGUGAGCACGGCCGUGUACAAAAGGUUUCCGACAAUGGACCAUGUGGUUGAAGCAGAAAGAACUGGCAAUAAACCCAUCCUGCCUAAAAGUUUUGAGAAGCAGAGCUUUUAG